AUGGAUGAACUCGCCAAUGACCUCGCUACUGAGUUAAACGCCGUUUUUCUCCUGAAGAAGAAAAAAGUGUUGACGGAGAGAGAGCUCGUCCUCGGGAAUGAGUACGUUUUGUUUUUGCAAAAAUAACUCUUAUUAAUCGAGAUCAAAUUGACAAGGGAAGAUAGAACAAAUGAAUUUUUGAAAUGGAAAUAGCGGAAUGAAACUUGGACUAUCCCGCGUAAGAUGUUCCUAAAUAGCUGAGGUGUGGGGAGCAAAUUGAGUUGCCUAUCGUUCCGAAAAUUUGGCUCGAGGCCGCAAACACACACACAGGGGCAAGUACGAUGAAUUUAGUGACCAUCAAAGAGCCUUUGAUGGAUACCUUGACAAAGACACGAGAAAUUAUUAAAGAAGGCCUGUCACAAAAAAAGUGCUCAAGCUCCUUGUACCAUACACAUAAUUGCUCCGUCUAUCUCUACCCGUUAUUUUUUUAUUUUUUCCCCUUUUUGUACACCACUCGUUGCAUCAAGUUGCAGUACAUCAUUUUUCUCAAAAAUCAUUAUUUGUGCCUGUUUUGGCUCACAAAGCAUUCUAUCUUAAAAUAGAAGUGUCCAAGGAUAAAUGAGUUUUGAGAGUAGAGCGAAGUAAAGUGUUUUGAGGAUCAGGCCCUAAUUAUGAUCUUUGAGAACAUUGAUGCACUGCAACCUGAUGUGGUCUUUUAUCGUUCUAUCCAAUGGUAUAAGUAGCUUGAAGAUCAAUUUUUUGGUGACAGGCCUUUUUAAACCUUUUUUGCAGACUUUUUGAACCUGGCAGAACUCAACAGGGCCUCAACACUCUCAAGAUGUCAUUGAGCGAAUUGUUGCUGAGCCGUCCGGACCUCUUCACCAGAAUCGCGGGAGAUCAAUGGGCGGGCAAGGGAAACGAAGAAUUUGCGACAGUCAUGACUGACAACAAAAACACAGGAAAAGGGAAAAAAGGAGGCGGCGGCGUAGGCGGAGGACGGGGAUUCAACGGAGGUUAUCCGAGAGGAGUUUCGAACAGAGGGCGCGGCGGCAGAGGAGGAUCCGCUCGAGGAAUGCCUCGUGAGUUAGGCAAAUCUUCUUCUUAAAGAGUAGCUUGAAGAAUUACAGCUCAAAGUCGCGGAAACUCGUCUCGUCCGAGCUCGAGUGUGCACGAAUUCCCCUUCCGUCCGGUCUUCCAGCCACCACCACCCGCCCCCGCGGUGAACUUUAACAACCAACGCCCACUUCGUCCCAUGCAAUACGACAAUUUCAACUCAUCUUUCGAUCGUCAUCGGGGCAACAACGAGCCGCCGAAGGCUCCGCCUAAAUUCAAUAACGACAACUACAAGAGUCACAGAAACGACUAUGACGACUAGUUAGUUGUUUGCCGCAGGAUCAGUUUUCUAUUUUAGUUUUUUCAGUGUUCCGAACAACAACUUCGGUCGUCGUGACAUUGACACUGGAGACUUUAACGCAUCCCGUGGCUUCUUCGACGAAUCUGUGUACGACCAAGACAGUUACAAUAUAAAAGAUCGACGCCGAUACUCUCCAAGAAGACAUUCACCGUCGCCGCCGCCGCCGCCGCCGCCAAGACCGUACCGUGGUAACAGCCCUCCGCCACAAGUCAGAAGAGGCCCGGAUGCAUACGACUCGCGACGUAACGCUCCCCAUCCGCCUCCUUCUCCGAUGUCCUACCAAAACGGCGCAUACGGGAAUCGUCGAGCGCCGUCUCCGGUGCGGCCCCGCAUGCGCUCGCCGUCUCCGGUGAGGUCCCGAAUGCGCUCGCCGUCUCCCGUGCGGUAUCAUAUGCGCUCGCCGUCUCCUGCUCAACAGCGCUUGCUUCCGUCUCGUGCGGCACAGUAUCACAUCAGUCGUGACGAACAGGUGCCAAACAGUCGGGCUUACGAGCAGAGGAACGGAAACGGACCGAUGCGGUCAAGAUCGGGCUCUGGCUUUUCGCAGAUUUCGAACUCACCCGAGCCAGUUCAGCCAGCCAAGUCUUCUGCCAAACUUCGCUCUAAGAUGAGAGCCGAGGCUACCGUUAACGAAAGCAAUGAUUUGGCGAAGCUUUUUAGUGACAUGGGCGGCAUUUCUUCCGGAAACGACACUUCUCAGUCGGCGGCGACACCGCGCGCUCUUCCCAAGAACAACGUCACUGCGGAAUUCGUGGCCCGCACCGUCCAAGCGCUUGAUACCCGGUUCCAAGGAAAAGAACUGCACGUGGCUGAUCUGUUCAACUACAUGUCGCGAUACACACAAGUGCCAGCAGAGAGUGACGAUGAAAAACUGGAAUACAUUAUCAGUGCAAAGAAUCAGUUUCCAGAAGAAUUUGGUCCGCUUGUAUUGAACACUAAAACGGUGAGAAUAGAUUCAUUACUCAUUAUAGUUAAGAAAAUAAUUUUUAGAGAAUCUUGACAUGGAAACAAAAAGAAAUUAUGACGAUUGACGACCGAGAAGACGAUCUGUUCCACUUUAUACGCCGUUUUAUCGAUACAUUCCCAAAUGACGACUUCUACGUGAGAGAUGCAUUGGCCAAGCUGGUGAAAGUCACGAAAGAGUCUGAAGAAGUGCUCCGUCCGAAGCUCAACUACCUUCUCUCAAUAGGAAAGUUCAGAUACAAGAACGGGAACGGUGCGUUUGCGAGGUCAGCGAAACUGAAGGAAAACAAAGAGUUUUGCAGAAAUCAUCACGAAGAACUUUCCAAACGACGAAGACAACGGCCCAACGUUCUUCUGGGCGCCUUCUUGCCAUCAAAUGGCCGACAAGGAGGAAUGUCCGCAAAGAUUCUUCAAACUGAAAGAAAACCAAGUUCCGUCCGCGCGAGUUGAGAUUUGCUGCUUCCAUUCGUUCGAUAAAUUCUUCGUCCGUCUGAUUGAAGACGAUGCUCCUCACAAGCGAAUGGAUGAAGAUCUACAGUGAGUAAAUUGGGAGGAGAACGCGAAUUACUAUUUUUUGCAGGCAGUUUAUGUCUUCGUCGGAACACAAAUACUAUGCAGCAAAAGUGUGGAAACGUGGAUACGCGUGCAUCGUUCGUCAUGAAGAGCCGGGCAUGCUCCCGAGGUGGUACCGUGGAGUCGUCCUGAGCAAAGAAACGAGCAAUGUGAGCCAGUUAAUGUUUACCUUGUUGCUAUUAUACUUUUCACAGACAUUCCGCGUUUUUCUGAUCGAUGUCGGAACGAUGCAGCUAUUCAGUGCAGACCGAAUGCACACUAUGCCGAACCGAUUCAGCGAAGAAAGGCCGUAUGCGAUUCCAUGCAAGCUGGACUAUACGGACAAGGAAGAAGAUGAUAUCAUGGAAAUUCGUGUGCAACAUUCGCGUUGGGUCAACCACGUCAGACAGAAUCGCAGAAGGUUUCAAAUUCUAGUCGUGAAUAUUGAAGCCGACAAGGGAUUGGUAAACGAUGAGAUGACAUCUUUAUGAAAAAUGUGUAUUGUUUUCAGGAAUUCGGAAUGUACACGUGUCACAUGAAUGUGUUCGUCGAAGGAUUAAACGACACUCCAGCCGAUGUCUUCUCUUGUUUUUUUAAUAAUUGA